AUUUUAUUGACGCGCCGGAAACGUACUUACUUACCCUACGUCAUAUGCAUGCGUCGUACGCUCUCACCCGUUGUGUUCACGCAAGAAUCAACUAGUGAGCUACACAAAUGGCCCGAAAUGCAGAAAAGGCUAUGACUGCCUUGGCUAGGUUUCGUCAAGCCCAACUUGAAGAAGGGAAGAUUAAGGAAAGAAGACCAUUUCUUGCUUCAGAGUGUAAUGAGUUACCUAAAGCAGAAAAGUGGAGAAGACAGAUCAUCAGUGAGAUUUCAAAAAAGGUAGCCCAGAUUCAAAAUGCUGGUUUAGGUGAAUUUAAGAUUCGCGAUUUGAAUGAUGAAAUCAAUAAGCUUCUUCGAGAGAAAGGUCACUGGGAGGUCAGAAUAAAGGAACUUGGUGGACCUGACUAUAGGAGAUUUGGACCAAAGAUGUUGGACCACGAAGGAAAAGAGGUUCCAGGAAACAGAGGAUAUAAGUAUUUUGGGGCAGCAAAAGAUUUACCUGGAGUCAGAGAACUGUUUGAAACAGAGCCUGUUCCACCACCCAGAAAAACACGAGGUGAGCUGAUGAAGGACGUAGAUGCCGAGUAUUAUGGUUAUAGAGAUGAGGAUGAUGGUGUUUUAGUGCCUUUGGAGCAGGAGUAUGAAAAACAAGUCAUUGCAGAGGCUGUUGAAAAAUGGAGAGCAGAGAAAGAAGCUCGAUUAGCUGGUGGGGCCUUGAAAGACACCGAGGAGGAGGAGGAAUAUAUUUACGCUGUCAAAGAUGAUGAGCAGUCAGAUGAUGAAACCAGAGAACAGAUGGAGGGAGAAAAUGGUGCACAAACAUUUAUUGCUCAUGUUCCUGUUCCAUCGCAGAAGGAGAUUGAGGAAGCUUUGGUGAAACGGAAGAAAAUGGAGCUCCUGCAGAAAUACGCCAGCGAGAGUUUGAUGGCACAGAGUGAAGAGGCCAAAGCCUUACUUGGUUUAUAGUGUGAUGAACAGGUUUACAUCCUAUUGUGGUGUGUACAUGUCAUUGAGCACCCUGGGUUUUUAUUGAAAUUGAUCAGAACCCAGUACAGUGCAAUUUCAGAGCAGUACACAUCGAGCGCAUUUAUCAUAAGCUGUCUUUUACGAUAUUAUUCUAGGGGCUGUCUUUAAAAUAUGAGUAUUUGAUUUGGUUGGAGAUGCUCUAUUUUUGUAUGAAUCUGAAAGCCUUUUAAAAUGUGUGAACGUCAUAAUGUGGAGCUAAAGCGCAAGAUAUCAACAUUUAAAUAUGGUACAGUAAAAUUUGGUUAUCUGAAUUUCAAGUUACAGCUUAUGUUAAUGUGCAUUUGGUUAUUCCACGCUAAAAGAUGUCAUUUUGGGAUGUAAUAACAGUUACUAAUGCCGAAUGUCAAAUUAUGUAUUAUUUUCAUAGUGUUCAUUUGUCUUUGUUCUUUCACGGGAUGAAAAGCGCAAAAUUGUCUGUAAAUAUUUUGUGUACUUUACCUUUUUGGAUCAGUAAAUUGUUUUUUACAGUA